AUGGCGUCCUCCCCACCUCCCCGCCCCUCAUUUCCCACUUUCGCCCACACCAACACGCCCCAGAUCCACAGCCAUCCGCCACCAAGCCCACAAACACCACCGCCACCGUGAGCUCGAGCGAGUUAAUCUUUUAGAUCUGAGCGACUUCGAGCUUUUUGAAGGUAAAGUUUUCUCGAAACCCUCCUCUUCUUCUUCCUCCUCCUCUAGCUCCCCCACCUGUUCUUCUCCGGAUUCCUGGUUCAGUGAGCAGAGAGUGAGAGACCCAGGACGUUUUAGAUCCAGGGCUCCCAGAUCUGCUGUUUUUUUCAAUCUUCCUCUUUGUGUUUCUGCUGUUCUAGUGUAGGUUGGUAGCCAAGAGGGGUUCUUUUUCCACGCCUCGCUUGCUAGAUCUACCACCAAAGCCAUCUGUUUUUUCUCCUGUGGCUGUUGAUUUCAUCCUGCCUGUUCUUGAUUUUGGAUUCGGAACCUGGCAAUCUUUGUUCUUGCUUUAGUAUUUUACGAGAGAAGAAAAAAAUCCCAAAAAAAAGAGUUUCUUGAGUUGUUGUGAUUAGGGUUAGAUGGCAGCAGCUAUAGAUCUGUCAGGGGAGGAGCUGAUGAGAGCACUCGAGCCUUUUAUCCGAGAUGCCUCCGGUUCGCCUCCGCUUCAGUCGCAGUUCGGUCCCACCUCGCCGUUCUCCUUCCCGAGCGCGGCGGCGUUCGUGUACGGCGGCGGACAGGCCCAGCCGGAGCUCACGCCGGCGCAGAUGCACUAUAUCCAGGCCCGCCUCCACACGCAGCGGCAGGCGGCGCAGGCUGGAGCGCUCGGCCCGCGGCCGCAGCCGAUGAAGGCUGCUUCGGCGGCGGCGGUGGCGACCCCGCCGCGGCCGCAGAAGCUGUACCGCGGCGUGCGGCAGCGGCACUGGGGCAAGUGGGUAGCGGAGAUCCGCCUCCCGCGGAACCGCACCCGCCUCUGGCUCGGCACCUUCGACACCGCGGAGGAGGCGGCGCUCGCCUACGACCAGGCCGCGUACCGCCUCCGCGGCGACGCGGCCAGGCUCAACUUCCCCGACAACGCCGCCUCCCGCGGCCCGCUCCACGCCUCCGUCGACGCCAAGCUCCAGACGCUCUGCCAGAACAUCGCCGCCGCCAAGAACACCAAGAAGUCCUCCGCGUCCGCGUCCGCCACCGCCACUUCCUCCGCGCCCACCAGCAACUGCUCCUCGCCGUCCUCCGACGACGCGUCGUCCUGCCUGGAGUCCGCCGACUCGUCCCCGUCCCUGUCAUCGUCUCACGCCGCCACCACGGCCGAGACGUCCGCGACCGUGCCGGAGAUGCAGCAGCUCGACUUCAGCGAGGCGCCGUGGGACGAGGCCGCCGCCUUCGCCCUCACCAAGUACCCGUCCUACGAGAUCGACUGGGACUCCCUCCUCGCCGCCAAUUAACACCACCACCGCCGCCUCCUCCACCGCUUCUUGGCUUCACCACUCGCGCCGUCGUCGUUAGCCUAAUCGCCGCCUCCGCCGCCGUCGUGCAGACAUGGGAUUUUAGACAUUCUGCACGCACGGACGGGCACUAGUGGAUUAGCAGUUUUUUACGUCCCUAAUCCUGUUGCUUGUUUGGUCCCUCGUGUACCUAGAUCUCUCCAUAAUUGGUUCUCCUGUCUCAUCUGUAGAUGCUAGGGUUGGUUGGUUGGGUGUUCUUUCCACCGGAGAAGCCGAUGCCGCCUCCAGCAGCCGGCGUUUUUGUUGUCCGGCGUGCGUCUCCGGUGGUCGGCCGGUCGGUCACUGGUCAGUGACUCCGGCAGCCUCGCGUCUGUCAGUCACCUCUACUGCUGAUCUUACAGGUUGUAAAACAGUAGUAGUAGCAGCUCAUCGAUCAUGUCUGUAAUAUUUAGCGUGUUAAGAACUCUGUAAUGUGAAUUACUAGUGCUGGUUAUUAGUGUCGUUAUUA